UCAUGUCAUGUAUACACCCCGGCCGGGCAGCGUGGAGGUUGUGACAGCUGACUGGGGAGGAAUUUCGCAAGAUUGACUCCUUCCUAACUCAGUGACAGCAGAAAUAAGGCGGCCAUGCUGGAUAUUGUGUUAUUCCGAGAGGACCAAGGGGGAGAUCCUGCCAAGGUGCGGGAAUCUCAGAGAAGGAGAUACAAGGACGUAGGAGCCGUGGAUGCUGUGAUAGACAAGGAUACCAAAUGGAGAGCAGCGCGGCACAAGGGGGACCUCCUCAACCGCAUGGGCAACAUCAUCUCCAAGACAGUCGGGGAGAAGAAGAAGGUGAGGAGCAGCCUGUUUGUGUCCUGGCUGACCUGACUAGUGCUGUGUUCCGAGAGGCCGCCCGGCAGAAGGGUGAGCAGGAGGAGGAGGCGGGGAGCACAGGCCCAGACCUGGAGACCCUAGAGAAGCACCUGCGUGAGUACAGUUACGUGUGUGGGUAUGAGCCGAGUGAGAGGGACUCCCGGCUGAUGGGGCGCCUGCCAGCAUCCCCUUCCCCCCUCACACACCCGGCCGUGGCUCGGUGGUACACACACAUGAACUCUUUCUCUGCUGAGGAGAUUAAGUGCCUGCCAGACCCCCAGCGGCUGUCCUUCCAGGCUGAGCUGGCCAAGGAAGCGGAGGGCACAGAGACAGACGUGCCAGCCGAGGUGAAGGAGAAACUGACGGAGCUCACAGUGGACCUGCUGCGGCCCCUCAAGGUGUCCCAACUGAAGGAGGUGAAGAAGCUUGUGGACGAGACCAUGACACAGAACAAUGAGGAACUGCAGAAGCUGGAGAACGAGAGGGACGCCAUCCUGAAGGAGAUUGGCAACAUUGUGUACGAUGAUGUGCCUGUCAGUGAUAAUGAGGACAACAACGCCGUGGUAAGAACCUUCGGCGAGGAGACCACCAAGAAAUACUCCCACGUGGACCUUAUUGCCAUGAUCGGAGGCUCUGAUGCCAAGAGAGGAGCCGUCACUUCAGGAGGUCGUGGGUACUACCUGAUGGGCCCAGCAGUAUACAUGGAGAGGGCACUGGUGGAGUUGGGCCUCAGCAUACUGGGGAAGAAGAAGUACGUCCCCAUUGUGACUCCCUUCUUCAUGCGGAAAGAGGUGAUGCAGGAGGUGGCCCAGCUCUCCCAGUUUGACGAGGAGCUGUACAAGGUGUUAGGGAAGGGUGACGUGCCCGGCUCAGAGCAGGUGGACGAAAAGUACCUCAUUGCCACCUCAGAGCAGCCCAUCGCAGCCUUCCACCGCGACGAGUGGAUACCAACAGACCAGCUGCCCAUCAGGUAUGCCGGCCUGUCCUACUGCUUCCGGCAAGAGGUUGGCUCACACGGGCGGGACACGAGGGGCAUCUUCCGAGUCCAUCAGUUCCAGAAGGUGGAGCAGUUCUGCCUGACCUCCCCACACGAUGGCAAGUCCUGGGAGAUGAUGGACGAGAUGAUCACCAAUGCCGAGGAAUUCUGCAAGGCGCUGGGGCUGCCCUACCGAGUCGUUAACAUUGUGUCUGGGGAACUGAACAAUGCAGCUGCCAAGAAACUUGAUCUGGAGGCAUACUUCCCCGGAUCUGGAGCAUACCGGGAACUUGUCUCAUGCUCCAACUGCCUCGACUACCAAUCCAGGAGACUCAGAGUGCGCUACGGAGCCACCAAGAAGAUGAACGCAGCGGUUGAGUACGUGCACAUGCUGAACGCUACGAUGUGUGCCACCACUCGUGUCAUCUGUGCCGUGCUGGAGAACUACCAGACAGAGGAGGGGAUCAAGGUGCCAGAGGCCAUCAAGGCAUACAUGCCCGAAGAGUACAAGGAGUUUAUCCCAUUCCGAUUUCCUGCACCUAUUGAAGAGGAAGCCAGCAAGAAAAAGAAAAAGGGAAAGACUAAACAAGAGGAAUAGAGACGAAUAAAUGGAUGAUGUAUUGUAUGGUGUCCACUGAAGCUUCCUCUCACACUCAUCACUUCUAAUUCUGUCUUAAUUUGGGGUUCAAGAAGUGCUGGGUCUGUGUUGCCGGAUCAAUAUAACAAUUUGUACCUCCUUUCACCACUGGUCUUAAGUCUUGCACUCCAAUUUUUUUUUUUUUAUUUAUUUUUUUUUAGUGAAUAUUGUUUGGUUAUACAGCACUGGGUGAUUUGUAAUGGUAAUUUAUUACGACAGUUCUUCCCUCCCAAUGUGUGUUCAGGGUUAAGGGGCAGCACCACCUCUCAACACAGUCCAGGAACUAUUGAGAAAAUUCUAACCUGGUAUAGCCCUGAGUGUUGAAAAUGCAAAACUUUUUUUUUUUUUUUUUUUUUUUUUUCUGGAUAUCAGCUCUUUUCUAUUCUCACAAAAUAGUUCACCAGUUUUCCUUUUUUCAUUUUUCAUUUACUUCUUAUACCAGGUUGAAAGUUUUCCCAAUAGUACUACUCUUGAUUAAUGGGGAGCUUUUGUACAUCACCAUUUACAAUAAAACUAUGGUUGAU